AUGAACAACAACGACCGCAAAUUGUCGCCCACUCAACCGCCGGUUGGUUCCGCUCCCGGCUCUGCAAAGUCCUCCCAGUCCGACCGCUCAAGUCCUCCUACGCCGUCCUCGGCCGCAGAGUCCGACUCCAUGGCCAUUACCGCCUUUCGCACCUCAUCACACGCCUUCGGGCCGACCGCCUCGGGCCCAUUACCCGCUCCCUUCACCAUGAACGGUCAAGCCAUGGCCGUAGGCACACCCUUCUCCAGCUCUCCCGCACCAUCCGUCAUUCGCGUCCUGCUUCGCCGCCUGCCGCUCAGCUCCUCCGAGGAAACCAUUCGACUCAUGCUGGUCUGGUCGAAAGAACUCACUGACAUCGAGCUGCUCUCUCCCGAAAAGUCCGAAGACGAGGGAUUCCGCUCAGCUCUCCUACGCUUCAAGACGAUGAAUGGCGCCCUCCAAGCCAAGACUAUGCUUGACGGCAACCCCAACAUCUCCAACGAUGCCGAAAUGAUUGUUGAGAUCCUCAGCCCCAGCGGCGUCAACGCUCCCCGACACAACGAAGGUGCCCAGUCCGGAGCCAACGGCCACAUUGCCACAUCUGCGGCCCCCGGUGGUCCGUCGAUCCGCCAUCAGCCUCAAUUUACGGCUCCCUUUCAUCCCCGCGACAAGCCGUCUCCCUCCCGCAUGUUCGCUGGUCACGAGUUUCGCUCCAGCGACAGCGAGUUGCAUUACCACCAGCACAUCUUCUCGCAGCAAUCGCCCAUCGGAAACCACCUCAACCAUGCCUCGGAUCGGAACCACAUCUCGAGCAAGUCUCUCAUUACCGGCGACUACAACGAUGACGACGACACGAGCAAUCUCUUGAAGGACCCGGUUGCCUAUGCUGAGAACAACCCUCCGCAGAGCAGCUCUUUUGGCCGACGCGCUACCGCGCCGCAGAUCCCCGUCAAUCUCAUGGCCAACCUGACGCUCAACACCAACAGUCCCCCGGGCCCUUCCUCGCUGCCGCAGCACAUCAACUCGCUUUCGCCCGUCGGCAACGCCCCCAACAUGAGCUUCACCCCCCCUGCUGGUCAGCAUUAUUCACGUCACAAUUUCCCCCCGGUGAACCCUGCCGACCAGAAUCCGCCGUGCAACACCCUGUAUGUCGGCAACUUGCCCAUCGAUACGUCCGAGGAGGAGCUCAAGGCCAUGUUCUCCAAGCAGCGCGGCUAUAAGCGUCUUUGCUUCCGCACCAAGCAGAAUGGCCCCAUGUGCUUUGUCGAGUUUGAAGACAUUUCUUUCGCCACCAAGGCGCUCCACGAGCUGUACGGCCUUCUACUGCACAACAGUACCAAGGGUGGAAUUCGUCUGAGCUUCUCCAAGAAUCCACUUGGAGUCCGCUCCGGCCAGGUCCCGACCCAGUCUCCGUCUAUGCAGAUGCCUCAUGCCAACGGCAUCGUCAACGGACCCGCCAAUGGCUUCAGCGCCAACGGACCACCCCCUGGUCUAUCUGCACCUCCUGGUCUGGGGAGCGGACGCUCCAGCUUCAAUGCCAACGGCGGAGGCAGCAGCCAGCGACAGCAAUUUGGCUACCCUGGCUUUCCCUCGGCCAGUAACAACCCUUGGAAUACACCCUCCCCCAACAACGGUGCUGCACCGGGCCACAAUCACAACAACCACAACGGCCACAACAACCAUAAUGGUCACAAUGUUCACAGCGGUCACAAUGGAUACAAUGGCCACAACGGCCACAACAGUAACUUUGCACCCCGCAACACACGUUAG